UCAGAGUGAAGCUUCUCCUGGGGAGAGUGAAGAGCCAUUUCAGUUGUGUAGAGGAUCCCACAGGCACAUAAAUGCAGUAUCUCAACGUGAAAGAAGAUUGCAAAGCCAUGGCUUUCUGUGCAAAAAUGAGGAGCACAAGGAAGAAUGAGCUCAACCUGGAAGCUCAGCACCAGGGGCUGGAGAUCCUGUUCUACCUGCAGGACAAAGCCCCCAUUUGUUACCCCAGCGGCGAGUUCACCUCGGAGGAGCUGUGCAUUGAGGCUGCCCAGAGGUGUUCUGUGUCCCCUCUGUGCCACAACCUCUUUGCUCUGUAUGAUGAGAACAAAAAGCUCUGGUAUGCACCAAACCAGGUCUUCAAGGUGGAUGAAAAAUCAUCCUUCAGGCUCCAUUAUCGCAUGAGGUACUAUUUCACCAACUGGCACGGGACCAGCGAGAGCGAGCCCUCGGUGUGGAGACACUCCCCGAGGAAAGCCAAGGCUUAUGACAAGAAACUGGCCCCAGAGGGAACCCCCAUCCUCGAUGCCAAUUCCCUGGAAUACAUCUUUGCACAGGGCCAGUAUGACCUGGUGAAGGGGCUGGCUCCCGUCCGUGAGCCCAGGAGCGAGCAGGAGGGGCACGAGAUCGAGAACGAGUGCCUGGGCAUGGCUGUCCUGGCCAUCUCCCACGAUGCCAUCAAGAAAAACGUGAAACUGCCAGAGCUCCCCAAGGACAUCAGUUACAAGCAUUACAUCCCCGAGAGCCUGAACAGGACUAUCAGGCAGAGGAAUUUCCUGACCAGGAUCCGGAUCAAUAACGUGUUCAAGCAUUUCCUCAAGGAGUUCAACAACAAAACCAUCUGCAACAACAGUGUCUCUCCCCGGGACCUGAAGGUUAAAUAUUUAUCCACCAUGGAGAUCCUGACCAAAUAUUACGGGGCAGAGAUUUUUGAGACUUCCUUUUUGCUGAUUUCUGCUGAGAAUGAGGUCAAUAAAUUGAAUUCUGGAGACAAUGAGAGGUAUGAGGUGAUGGUGACAGGAAACAACGGGAUUCAGUGGAGGCUCAAGCCAAGUCCUGUGCAGACAGAGAAAGAGAAGAAGAAAAAAUCUGAUGGCAAAAGCAAAAAGGAGGAAGAAAAACACAAACUUAGGGAGACAUGGAACAAUUUCUCCUAUUUCCCUGAAAUCACCCACAUUGUCAUCAAGGAGUGCACAGUCAGCAUCAACAAACAGGACAACAAAAGGAUGGAGCUGAGGCUGGGCUCCCACGCCGAGGCGCUCUCCUUCACCUCGCUGGUGGAUGGCUACUUCAGGCUGACAGCAGAUGCUCACCACUACCUGUGCACCGACGUGGCUCCUCCCCUCAUCCAGCACAACAUCCAGAACGGCUGCCACGGGCCCAUCUGCACGGAAUAUGCCAUCAACAAGCUGAGGCAGGAGGGGAACGAGGUGGGGAUGUACGUGCUGAGGUGGAGCUGCACCAACUUCAACCACAUCCUGAUGACUGUGACGUGUCUGGAGGGCUCAGAGGGGAUGAAUAACUCAGGCCCCUACAAGAACUUCCAGAUCGAGGUGAAGAAGGGAGGAUACUUCCUGCAUGGCUCCAACAAAUCCUUUGCAUCCUUGAAAGACCUCAUGGAUCACCUGAAGGGACAAAUCCUGAGGACAGACAACAUCAGCUUCACCCUGAAGAGGUGCUGCCAGCCCAGACCCAGAGAAAUCUCCAACUUGCUGGUGGCCACCAAGAAGGCCCAGGAGUGGCAGCCAGUUUAUCCCAUGGGGCAGCUGAGCUUCCACAGGAUCCGCAAGGAGGAGAUUGUGCAGGGAGAGCACCUGGGCAGGGGCACCAGAACCCAGAUUUACUCGGGGAUGCUGAGCCUCAAGGACGAUGAGAACGAAGGGUACCAGAAUGAGAAGGAGAUCCGGGUGCUGCUCAAAGUCCUGGACCCCAGCCACAGGGACAUUUCCUUGGCAUUCUUUGAGACAGCCAGCAUGAUGAGACAGGUGUCCCACAAACACAUGGUGCUGCUGCACGGCGUCUGCGUCAGGGACGUGGAGAAUAUCAUGGUUGAAGAGUUUGUUGAAUGUGGGCCUCUGGAUCUGUUCAUGCAUAAGAAAAGUGAUGUUCUCACAACCCCAUGGAAAUUCAAAGUGGCCAAACAACUUGCAAGUGCCCUGAGCUACCUGGAGGACAAGGAUUUGGUGCAUGGCAAUGUGUGCACCAAGAACAUCCUGCUGGCCAGAGAGGGCAUUGAUACUGAGUAUGGGCCUUUCAUAAAGCUGAGUGACCCAGGAAUCCCCAUCACGGUGCUGUCCAGGCAAGAGCGUGUCGAGAGGAUCCCCUGGAUUGCACCUGAGUGUGUUGAAGAUUCCAAAAACCUCAGCAUUGCUGCAGACAAGUGGAGUUUUGGUACAACCCUGUGGGAAAUCUGCUAUAAUGGAGAAACUCCACUCAAAGACAAGACCUUAGCAGAGAAGGAGAGGUUCUAUGAGGGGCACUUUGUGCUGGCCACACCUUCCUGCAAGGAGCUGGCAGAUCUGAUGAAGCAGUGCAUGAACUACGACCCCCACCAGAGACCCUUCUUCAGGGCCAUCAUGAGGGACAUCAACAAACUGGAGGAGCAGAACCCAGACAUUGUCUCAGAGAAGAAGCCUGUCACCGAGGUGGAUCCCACCCUCUUUGAGAAGAGGUUCCUGAAAAGAAUCCGGGAUUUGGGUGAGGGCCACUUUGGCAAGGUGGAACUGUGCAGAUAUGACCCAGAAGGUGACAACACUGGGGAGCAGGUGGCAGUGAAAUCCCUGAAGCCAGAGAGUGGAGGGAAUCACAUUGCUGACCUCAAGAAGGAAAUUGAAAUCCUGAGGAAUCUUUAUCAUGACAACAUUGUCAAAUACAAAGGCAUUUGCACAGAAGAUGGAGGAAGUGGGAUUAAACUCAUCAUGGAAUUCCUUCCCUCUGGGAGCCUGAAGGAGUAUCUCCCACGGAACAAGAACAAGAUCAACCUCAAGCAGCUGCUCAGAUAUGCAGUUCAGAUCUGCAAGGGCAUGGACUACCUGGGCUCGUGUCAGUACGUGCACCGUGACCUGGCAGCGAGGAAUGUCCUGGUGGAGAGCGAGAACAGGGUGAAGAUCGGGGACUUUGGGCUGACCAAGGCCAUCGAGACAGACAAGGAGUAUUACACGGUCAAGGACGACCGCGACAGCCCCGUCUUCUGGUACGCCCCGGAGUGUUUGCUGCAGAGCAAGUUCUACAUCGCCUCGGACGUGUGGUCCUUCGGCGUGACGCUCUACGAGCUCCUCACCUACUGUGACUCCGAGUCCAGCCCCAUGGCAGAAUUCCUGAACAUGAUCGGCCCCACACAGGGACAGAUGACGGUGGCACGGCUUGUGAGGGUCCUGCAGGAUGACAAGAGACUGCCACGGCCACCCACCUGUCCUGAGGAGGUGGAUCAGCUGAUGAGGAAGUGCUGGAUCUACAAACACGACGAACGCACCACCUUCCACAACCUGAUCCAAGGAUUUGAAACUAUUAUGAGUAAAAUGUAAUUAAUUUUUUAUCCUGUAAGGACUUUAAAUGCCCAGCAAACUAUCUAUGCCCAAGGCUAUUUCUUCUUUUUUUUUUUUUACUCCUGUAAUUUGUACUCUGGCUGGGCUAAUGUGGCUCUAAAGGAUUCUUUU